AUGGCCUACAAUCUCAUUUUACGUAUAUUCAUACUAAUAAUAUUAAAUAUCUUUUGUUCCUAUGGAGCGAUUGGUGCUACACGUGAUCAGAUUAUUGUUGCAAAUUUCAAAGCACAAUUAUCGAAAGCUCGUACAUUGAAACAAGCUCUUGCUAUAUAUGCUGAUUCAAGUGUGAAUAACAAGCAUCAAGUAGCAAUGCAAACGGAUCUUCGUAAAAUUGAAAAAGAUAUCAAUUCACAAUUGACUGACUUGGAUAUAUCAAAAGAUGAUAAGUUAGUUCCAUAUGUCAAUGGAGGAUGUUUACCUCGAAUUACUUGUGUGCCAGUAUACGUUCAACAAGCAACAGCAGGUGGUAUUGUCUUUCCUAAUUGCGUUGAGGUUCAUCGAUGCUCUGGUUGUUGUCAAGAAACACAAUUUUCAUGUGAACCAACAAAAAUUGACUAUGUUUCAUUUAGUCCUAUUGUUAAAUUUGAACAUGGAGACGGAUCUGCUUCACCAAUAUCUACAUUGAAACCAUUUAAAACAGAGAAUCAUACAGAAUGUACAUGUAAAUGUAAACUGAAAGAUGAUGCAUGUCCAAGUAGUGCACAAAUAUUGGAUCAUGAGUUAUGUCGAUGUAGAGAACAAGCUUGUUUUCCUCAAUGUCAAGCAAUGCAACGUUGCCAAUUGCUUGGUACACAAGAUAAACCAUCAUGUGUAUGUAAACGACCUAUUCCAGGUCAAAAUGGCGCAUAUUCAUGCCAAACAGGUUAUCAGCCGGAUGCUCGUUGCAAGAAAUGUACGAAAUAUCCCUGA